AUGAAUGACUAUUUGGACAAUGCGGUAGGCAAGUCUCAUUUGAACAAAACGACUUUAGUGGAUCAAAGGAAGCGUCAUUGUAAUCUGACCGACAAUAGAUACAAGACACUGGCGGAUGAAGACGGAUCAAGUGGGGGAAAUGCUGACAAUGCCGAGGCUGAGGACGAUGAUGCCACUACUAUUGACGGUGAUGCCUACCAACAACCAAAUCAGGACAAUGAUGACGAUGAAAUACUAGUGACGGCGGUCCGAAACAACCCAAGACGCCCACCACUUUCUUCAGAUGAUGAGGACGACGGAGAUGAGGAUGAUGAUGAUAAUGAGGAUGAUGAUGCGAUGAGCAACGGUGCGGUGGUUCAGACAGAAUCUGUAGAAGCACUGGUGAGAUCAGAAGACGACAACAUGGCGGUUGACAGCUUGACAAGCCCAACUCAGGUCUCUCAGGACAGCUCUUCAUUGAUCCAUACACCUCCACCUACACGUCGCCUCGCUCCACCGCCCACUCUUGCUGAGAAACUUAACAAAUUAAUUCAAGUUAACUUGGAUGGGAUGACCUGCAGAUGUCAUAUUUUUGAGACCACAUUUGCGACAAAUUUCUCGGGAUCGGACUCCGGCACGGUUGCUGAGGCCAUUUUAUCUGCGGUGCUGACAUCCAUGGAGGAAGCUUUGAACAACUCCUUUCACGAGUUGAAGAUCCUUCCUAUCUCCGACGACACUUAUAAACAACAGAACCGGUGGAUUCGGAACUCGGUUGAGUUACGCAACAAAAUUUCGUCCUACCGGGCCCUGAGUCUUUACUGCGAUAUGGAAUAUGGGAAUUCUCCUUAUGCAGCAACCAACAGCAAGCCUGGCGAGAAGAAACUACGUACCCGAAUGCGGGUCGGCUUUGCAAGGGACACGUCGGAAGAGGCGGUACAGGACUAUCUUCACACUGGUCUCCGUUCCCAGGGUCGCGGUGCCGGAUGUUACCCGUCACCGCUUCAAUAUGGGGACAUUGUUAAAGUGGGUUGCUUUGCCUUUAUCCCGCCAGAGGUUAAUUUUGACGCUUAUGCGAAAGAAAUCAUGCGUCACUUUGACUUCUCUAUCCCUAUUGGCAUCAAGAUGGACUGGGUUUCUACACCUUACACAGGACGUGCUAAAUUCAACAAACGUUCCCCGUAA